AGGGAGGGAGGAAAGAAAGAGAGAAAGAAGGAGGGAGAGAAGGGAGGAAGGAAGGAAGGAGGCAGGCAAGAAAGUAAACAUGAAAGAAGGCAGUCAAGCAAGUAUCCAAACACAAAGAUACACCGCUAUGCAAGCUUCCAAAGCAUCACCGACAUCUUCGUCAAGCAUUAAGUAAUUAAAAGAGGGAACGUGGGGAGGCUGUUAGGGCCACAGACCUGAGACAGUUGAAACAACACAGGCUGCAGGGGGAGCGAGGAGGGCCAAGGGCGGCAACACAACUGCAUAUCUAGUAACAACAGCAACAAAAUAAACAUUCCUACUGAGACCUGAUGGGCCCCGCCCUGUGCAAAGGGCACGGUUUCUGGAUUUUGGACUCCAUGUGCUGGAGGUGCGGUUUCUGGGGCCUCACUGAGGACUAGCUGCUUGAGCCGGCCUCCCUCUUGCUUCUCCUCCUCUGCAGGGUGUUGCUCCCCAAGGCGGAUACAUGGCUGAGAAGACCCCAAAAGGAUGCCGGUGCUUGUAAGUAUUCCUCGUGUCUUCUUCACCCUGGUUGCGUUGUCAGCCGGCUCCUUCCUCUACGUCCUGCUCUGCCCGCGCUUCUGCGUCCCCUUGUGUUGGCUCAGCUGCCGGCGCCUGGAAGAGGAAGGACGGGAGGGACGGUUGCUGCCGGAGGCGCCUUCGGAUGCCCAGUUUGCGGGUUACAUCAGCGUUCCAGAAGGGAAGCCCUUGGCCCGCGCGCCAUGCCGCCACUGCGCAGUGGUCUCCAGCUCCGGGCAGAUGCUGGGCUCCCGCUCGGGGAAGGAGAUUGACGCCAAGGAGUGCGUCCUGCGCAUGAACCAGGCCCCGACGCAGGGCUUCGAGGAGGACGUGGGCGGGCGCAGCACCGUCCGGGUGGUCUCCCACACCAGCAUCCCCCUCCUGCUGAGGAACCAGUCCUACUUCUUCGCCCGCUCGCGGGACACCCUCUACGUGGUCUGGGGCCCCCCCAGGCUGAUGAGCCGGGAGAAGACCGGCCUGGUCUACAGGGCCCUCCUGAAGGUCAAGGAGAUGUACCCCAGCCUCCGCCUCUACACGCUGACCGAGGAGAUGAUGGCACACUGCGAUGCGCUCUUCCAGAUGGAAACCGGGAAGGACAGGAUGAAGUCCGGCUCGUUCCUCAGCACCGGCUGGUUCACCAUGGUCCUGGCCAUGGAGUUGUGCGAGCAGAUCUUCGUCUUCGGCAUGGUCAGCGAAAGCUACUGCAGGAACCAGAGCCAACCUCCCGUGCCUUACCACUAUUUCGAGAAGGGGCGGCUGGACGAGUGCAGGAUGUACCUGGCGCACGAACGGGCCCCGCGGGGCGGGCACCGCUUCAUCACGGAGAAGGCGGUCUUUUCCCGCUGGGCAAAGAAGAGGAACAUCGUCUUCACGCAUCCCUCGUGGCCAGAGGGGUAGCAAGGUCCACUCCUGCAGAAUAUUCUGCCACUUGACGACUUUGGCUGUGUCCCGGACCUGGAAGUUUUGGCAGAACGGAACAUUCUGCCUUUUGACGACUGCCUUGCUUGAAGACACCUCCGGCUGUGUCCCGGACCUGGAAGUUUUGGCAGAACGGAACAUUCUGCCUUUUGAUGACUGCCUUGCUUGAAGACACCUCCGGCUGUGUCCCAGACCUGGAAGUUUUGAGAGAACAGAACAGUCCACCUCUUAACAACUGCCUUGCUUGAAGACACCUCUGGCUGUGUCCCGGACCUGGAAGUUUUGAGAGAACGGAAGAGUCCGCCUCUUGAUGACUGCCUUGCUUGAAGACCCCUCCGGCUGUGAUCCAGACCUGGAAGUUUUGAGAGAAUGGAAGAGUCCGCCUCUUGAUGACUGCCUUGCUUGAAGACCCCUCCGGCUGUGAUCCAGACCUGGAAGUUUUGAGAGAACGGAAGAGUCCGCCUCUUGAUGACUGCCUUGCUUGAAGACCCCUCCGGCUGUGAUCCAGACCUGGAAGUUUUGAGAGAACGGAAGAGUCCGCCUCUUGAUGACUGCCUUGCUUGAAGACCCCUCCAGCUGUGAUCCAGACCUGGAAGUUUUGAGAGAACGGAAGAGUCCGCCUCUUGAUGACUGCCUUGCUUGAAGACCCCUCCGGCUGUGAUCCAGACCUGGAAGUUUUGAGAGAACGGAAGAGUCCGCCUCUUGAUGACUGCCUUGCUUGAAGACCCCCGGCUGUCUCCCGGACCUGGAAGUUUUGGCGGAAUGGAACAGUCUUCCUCUUGACGACUGUCCUGCUUGAAGACCUCUCCGGCUGUGAUCCAGACCUGGAAGUUUUGAGAGAACGGAACAGUCCACCUCUUGACGACUGCCUUGCUUGAAGACCCCUCCAGCUGUGUCCCGGACCUCUAAGUUUUGGCAGAACGGAACAUUCUGCCUUUUGACGACUGCCUUGCUUGAAGACCCCUCCGGGUGUGUCCCGGACCUGGAAAUUUUGAGAGAACAGAACAGUCCCCCUCUUGACGACUGCCUUGCUUGAAGACACCUCUGGCUGUGUCCCAGACCUGGAAGUUUUGACGGAAUUGAACAUUCCGCCUCUUGACGACUGUCUUGCUUGAAGACACCUCUGGCUGUGUCCCGGACCUGGAAGUUUUGGCGCAGGAUUAAUUUGGGGAGGCAACUCUCUGAACGGCCCUUUCUUAGACUGUAUGAAGUCUUUCCAGACCCCACAAGUCAAGAACGUGGGUCUUUUAUUUAUUUCUUCCAAGGACGGGCCUGAUCUUCCCGAGAAAGGAGGCCGGUCCUCAACCCACUUUUGGUGACGACGCUGGCUUCAAAUACUUAAAUGUUGUUAGAACACAAGCUACAUUGUGCAGACAUUCGGUUGCCGAGCAAAAGAAAUCCCUUUCUCCUUUGUUCCCGGGGGGAAAGUGCAGGGUUCGAGCAUUAAUCCCGGGACAACGUGGGCGAGCAGAACAUAGCUGUGAGGUUUUCCACCAACAUGGAUGUCUUUGUUCUUCA